ACGUCUCGAUCGGCAGGUCGAGCUCACCCCUCGUCUCCCACGUCGCGCCUAUAAAUUGCUCGCGAUCCAUUCCCUUGGCACAGCAUCUGUCCACACGAGCACGAGCUAGAGAUUUUUGCAAAGCAAUCAACCAAGCGCGCGAGCGAUUGAGCACUUCCGAUCCAUCAAGCUGAUAAUAAUAGCAAUGGCUGCUGCAUCAAGGAAGGCGCCGGCUUCCGGAGCCGCCGUCCUCGCGUCGGCGACGGUGGUGGUGGCGCUGCUGGCGCAGGCCGUGCCCGCCGCGGCGCUGGUGCCGUACGGGCGCGGGCUGGCGUGGGACCUGCUCGACGACCCGUUCCGGGUGCUCGAGCAGUCGCCGUUCUCGGCCGUCUCGGCGGCGCCGAGCAGGGUGGCGGGCGGCGCCGAGGCGGCGGGGGUGGCCCUGGCGCGGUGCGACUGGAAGGAGACCCCCGACGCGCACGUCAUCUCGGUGGACGUGCCCGGGGUGCGGCGGGAGGACGUGAGGGUCGAGGUUGAGGAGGGCAGCCGGGUGCUCCGCGUGUCCGGCGAGCGGCGGGCGGAGGAGGAGAAGGAGGGCGAGCGGUGGCACCGCGCCGAGCGCGCCGCGGGCCGGUUCUGGCGCCGGUUCCGGAUGCCCGCCGGCGCCGACGUCGACCGCGUCGCGGCCAGGCUGGAGGCCGGCGUGCUCACCGUCACCGUGCCCAAGGUCGCCGGGCACCGCGGGCGGGAGCCGCGCGUCAUCAGCAUCGCCGGCGGCGACGAGGGCGGCGACGAGGCGACGGAGGUCAGGGCGUCCAAGGCCGAGAUGUGAUCGUGAAUUCCUGACGAGGCGUGUGUUCGCGACUUGGCGUUGACCGUAGUGUGUGUUUGUUGCGUACGAUCGUGUUGUCCAAUGUCCAGCAUCUUCUCGUACCAACCCUUGGAUCAAAGCCCUAAUGAAUAGUCCAAGCCAGAAUCUCCAAGUUGGAUGAUAUUUUAUUCAUCAAAAGUUCUGGUUCUAUAACAAUUUCUGGUUCUAUAAUGAGGAAAGAUAUAAACAAUAUCUUAAAAUUGCUGAGAAUAUCUAAAGGUUAG